AUGUCGAUGUCUCGCAACGGUUCUGAUGUCUACCUGUCUUAUUCGGCCGGGAAGAACGGCCAACCUGCCGAAAACGGUCCACGUGCUCGUAAACCGAAUACCUCUUUGGAUCACGAAGGAAUCUCUCUUGAACGCAUUCGUGAACUCAGAAAGCGGAGAGGAGGAGUGUUGUCUUCGUUAACGUCAAGCGUCGAGAGAUCGAUAGUCUUUUAACGGAUGUAAAUAAUUUGGAGACGGUGAAAGUAAAGCUGUCGGAAAUCACGUCGCUAUUUCGAAGAUUUACCGAGGCUCAUGACGCGUAUAAUGUAGCUCUGGUUGAGGAAAGUCAGAGACAAGAAUCAGACCUCUAUUUCGCCGACAUUGAAAGCAGUUUAGAUUUUUUCUGCCGUACGGUCAAUGAUUGGUUACGUGUCACGGAAGCUAGGCUUCAAGAUAACCUGAUAACGCCUGACGACAGCGCUUCUCAAAUUGGGUCCGAGGUUCGUAGCAAGUCUAGACCAUCCAUGUGUGGAUCGAGAACGAGUCACUUUUCUAAAACGAGCUCCAUAUCUGCUGCAAGAGCCAAAGAGGCAGCUCGCAUCGCGGAACUUCGAGCGGAGCACACGCUUUGA